UUUACUCCUUAAAGUGGACGUUUCUCUCUACACAUUGAAACUUUGUUGAAAAAAAUCAAACCAAAAUUUGGUAAAGCAAUAAAGCAAUGAAACCGUUUGUGUUACGUUUAUCACUCAUAAUUUUCAUUCCUCUCACUCUCUCCAUCUUGUUUUUGAUUCUUAUGCCAAAGGAAACUGCAAUGUCAAAAACCUAUGAAGUAUUUGGAGUGACGAUACACAAAAAUCCAUCAAAAUCCAAACUCACUCAGCUUGGAGUUUCAACUUGGCCUAAGUGGGAAGGCGGUCCAUUAAAAAUUCCAUGGUCCUUUAAAGAAGAAGAAACAAUGUAUCUACUUGAAGGAAAAGUUAAGGUUAGUGUUGAAGUUAAAGGUGCAGUUGGAUCUUUUGAAAUUGGAGGUGGUGAUUUAGUUGUUUUCCCUAAAGGAAUGAACAUUACAUGGGAAGUAACUGAACCUGUGAAGAAACAUUAUAGCUUGAAAAAAGAAUGAGAUUAAGCCUUUUUACUCUUGUGGCCUAAUUAUGCUAUGUAUGAAUAUUAUUAAGUGAUUAUCACAUACUAUGGCUAUAUAGUUGCUAUAGAGAUGAACCUAACUAUUCACUAAUGUGGAUUAGAUUAUAUCUUUGAUUUGGAAGUAAUUUGUAAUCAGUAUGUUCAUGGUGAUUGUGUUUAUAUUAUGCUAAUAGAAUCUGUUAAAUUAUCA